AUGGAUAUCAUAUCGUUACUCCCAAACAAUACCUCAAUAAAAAGGAAAAGAAUCAAUAUCUCUAACAUAUCAAAUAACAACCAGAACAUCCAAAUAAGUAACAAUAAUACCAAUGAUAUUGAUAGUACCGACUUCACUCACCAAAAUCAAAAUCAAUAUAACGAUAACAUCUCUUUGAAAAGAGCAAAGAAAACUGUCUCAAACACCCUUUCAAACCAUCUCAAUAUCUAUUGUUCUUCUCCUUCUUCUUCUUCUUCUUCUUUCUCUUCUUAUUCCUCAUUCACUUCCUUCUCAAACCCUGCCUUCCUCUCUUCCUCAGUACUUAAUCCUUCAAACCUAUUCCUAUACAGUUCCUUAUCAAACUCAAACUUCUCGUCCUCCUGGAACAACUUGAUCCCUUUAUAUUCUGACCUCCCUUCCCUCAAAAGUUACAACCUAAUAUCCUACUCUGCCAACAACUCCCCAAACAACACAAUCAACAACUUCAAAAUCAAAACCUUCAACAACAGCCCCUUCAUAAUAUCAGCAAACUACGAUGGCCUAAUAAACAUACACUCGGAAAUCAACGAAAACACAAUCAUCCUAGAACACAUUUCAAAAUUGAAAAAAAAUGGUAAAAUCUUCGACAUCAACAUCUCCUCCAACGACAAUUUUUUCCUAAUAACUCAAAACAACUCUCUCUCCUUCAUCGACUCAAAAAACAAGAAAAUACUAUCAUCCAUCUCAACCUCCUCCCAAACUUCCUCCCAAAACAAAAUCGACCUCUUCUUGAAAUCUUCAAUCAACCCUAAAAACCAAAACAUCGUAUCCUCAAUCAACACAAACUCCAUCCUCACCUACGACAUCAGAUUGCCUUCUCACAAAAAUUCAAACCAUGUUCACAAACUAUCCUCUCCUUUCCAUCCAAUAAACAGCAACGUCUCAGACUUUAAAUGGCUAGAUGAUAACAAACUACUAGCCUCCUGUCUCAACAACAACCGCCUAGAAAUGUUUGAUUUGAGAUUCAAUACAAACAACUCUACAACCCCCAUUAAAUCCUUUCAAAAAUUUGACAAUAACAUCAUAAUCAACAACGAUUCCUUGUUUUCAAAUCACCUAGAAGGCGUUAAAAAAUUCGAAAUCGAUAACAACUUCAUCUACUUGCUAACAACUAAAAAUCACAUCAAAGUAUUCAGUCUAUCCCAAUUUUACGAAAACUCCAAUAACAAUAACAAUAACCACAACAAUCAACCCAUCAUAGAUUACUCAAAUUUAAAUUACUCAAUCGAUUCAUCCAACCCAAACUUAAACUAUGAUUUCACCAUUAUUAACAGGAAAAACAAUAAUAAAAAACUCCUAUGCUGUAUAUCAAAUAACAAAGAUAAAUGCAAUUACUCUUACCUACCCAUAUCUGAUAAUUACCAAGGUUUCGAAUACAUAAAUCAAGCUCUCAAUAACGAUACUUUCAAAAAUAACCCCAAUAAUAACUACAACGAAAAUUAUAACGAAAAUUAUAACAAUAAUUACAGUAAUUAUAAUAAUAAAAGAUUUGAUAACAUAUACAAGGGCUCGAACAACAACUUGGAAGACAAUUGUAGUGGGAAAUUUAUCGAUCUACACUACAAUCAAUACUCAAACUCGGUGUGUGUUGGUUUCUUGCAACCUGAUUUAUUCGCUUUCAAUAAUUUCAAUAACUUCCAAAACCCAUUUCCUGAUGAUGAUGAAAAUGAUAAUAUCAACAUUAACCAAAAUAACCUAAACAACAAUACUAUUAACAACAACACUAACAACAACUUUGAUAACGAUAGUGCUAAUAGUAACAACAAUGACAAUAUUAACAGCACCGAAUCCACUGAUAAUGAUAUCAUCUUUAAUGGAUCUGGAAUGAGUUUUGCAAAUAUCGAAAACAGCACCCCAUUACGAAAAAACAUUCAAUACCUUAAAUUUUCAAAUACUGCUAGUCAAAUUAAUUAA